AUGUAUGACGAACUCGUGCUCAAGCGCGAGUCAGGUGGGGCACUUUCGAUGGAAUAUGCCGCCUUCGCGACGCUGCUCAAGAAGCGCUUGAAGAUCUUCGAUGAAAAGGAUGGCCCUGCUGCUCUGUUCGAGCUCUACAGGGCCUUAGUGCUGAAGCCGAAUCGCGAGGAGCUGGUGGUCGAGCGGGACGGCAUCAGGUACCUGCAUGUUGAUUGCCUCGGAGAGGGCUCACUGAGCGGCAGUGGUGGCGGUGGCGACGGCGGCGGCGACAGCAGUGGCAGUGGUGGCGGCAACAGUGGCAGCGGUGAUAGUGGCGGCAGUGGCGGCGGCGGCGGCGGCGGCGGCAGCGACCCGAGCGACCACGACGGUGAGCCGCACGCUAUCUGA